CCCCUAACCCCCUAACCCACCAUGACCAGUCUGAAGCGGUCUCAGACGGAGCGUUCGGUGGGCGGCUCGGUCCCUGCUUCUGAUGAAUUCUACACCCGUCGCCUGCGCCUCCCCAACGGUGGCGCCCCCCCACCCCGCUCCGAGAGCGCCCACCUCACCUCCUCUUCCUCGUCCGGCUCCUCUUCCUCCUCCACCCCGGGGGUUCCCAAGAUGGGGGUAAGGGCCCGCGUGGCAGACUGGCCCCCCAAAAGGGAUGGAACGGGUGGGGUGUGGCACAUCACGGUAGAUACGGACUCCCCGAGUUCUACCAUGUCAUCUUCAGGUGGCGGAGAACGUGGCUCGGGCGGAGAACCCGGCUCGGGCGGAGAACCCGGCUCGGGCGGAGAACGCAGCUCGGGUGUAGAACGCGGGUCCGGCGGCGAAAGAGAACGAGAGCGGAGCUCGGGAUCGGGUUCAGGCUCGGCGCCCACUGCCCAUAGCAACCUGUCGGCUAAACUGGGCCACCUGAUCAGCCCUCAGGACUCUUCGAUGCUCCGGAACAUCCACAACACCCUGAAGAGCAAGAUGCACCACGGCAAACACCACAGCAAAGACAACCGCUACCUGUCACCGGACGGCUACCAGGGCUCGCCACGUAAAGGCAUGAGGCGUAUCCGCCAGCGCUCCAACAGUGACAUCACUAUCUCUGAGCUGGAGGGUGACGGGGGCGAGGGCUGGUCCUUCUCUGGCUGGACCCCCAUGCACCGCGAGUACGGCAGCACCUCCUCCAUAGACAAACACGCAGGCUCAGGGGAGAGCUUCUUCGAUAUGCUCAAGGGCUAUACGUCCCAGGAGGCUCCAGACCAGCGCAGCCCGGCACCGGACAGACUCAGGGAGCUGCUGACGGUCGCCCCGCACAAACAGGCUGCCCUGGAUCUGCCUGAUGGACCCCUGGGCACUGCCAGAGGUAGCCCGGCCAGUCGCCUAAAAGAAAGGGAGAAACACCUCAAGAGGAGGUCCAAGUCGGAGACGGGCGGGGAGUCCAUCUUCCGGAAGCUCCGUAGCGUCAAGGCCGAAGGCGACUCGUCCCGUGCCGGAUCGGACGUAGAAGACGGGGGGCGGGAGGACGGUAGCAGCCCCAAAUCCUGGACCUGUCAGAAGGGCUUCGCCCACUUUGACGUGCAGAGUAUUGUCUUUGACCUCAACGAGGCCAUCCAGGGACGACAGUCCGGUGGGAAACGCAAGAACACCACCACGGGAGCUUCUGCCGCCGCCGCCGCCUCGGCCUCUGCCACUUCCUCCCUCUCGUCCAAUCAGAGCGGAGUAUACGGUGGGGGCGGGUCUCCGUCCGGGUCGCAGGAGGAGCUAAGUGGGAAGGAGGGGUGUCCGGGUACAGGAGGGGGACAAGGAGGGGGACACACCACUAACCCUGCCCUGGAUCCUGGGGAUGACAAGAGCAAUGAGCUGGUGUUGAACUGUCCCUGUUUCAGGAAUGAACUGGGAGGAGAGGGAGAGAGGAAUAUCAGCCCUUCUAAACAGCAGGGUAGUAUAGGCAGCGGAGGGGGCUCGGAGGAGGGGCCCCUGGAGACCGCUCUCCCCCACUUCACCAACGCCGGGGUGUCCGUGCUGGAGGCCCCUAAAGACGGCCAGGGACAACACGCCGAAAGGGCCAAACGAUCUGUAGAACACUGCGACCUGGGGGCUUAUUACUACAGGAAAUACUUCUAUCUGAGAGAGCAUUGGAACUACCUGGGUGUAGAUGAGACUCUGGGUCCAGUAGCAGUGAGUCUGAGGAGAGAGAAGCUGGAGGAACACAAGGAGCAUGGACAACAGUACAACUACAGGGUCAUCUUCAGAACCAGCGAGCUCACCACCCUGCGGGGGUCCAUCCUGGAGGAUGCAGUGCCCUCCAGCUCUAAGCAUGGCCUGGCGCGGGGCCUACCCCUCAAAGAGGUGCUAGAUUACCUGGUACCAGAGCUCAACGCCCACUGUCUCAGACUGGCACUCAACACACCUAAAGUCACAGAGCAGCUGAUGAAACUGGAUGAACAGGGGUUGAGUUUCCAGUUGAAGGUGGGGGUGAUGUACUGUGCGUCGGGACAGAGCAGUGAAGAGGAUAUGUAUAAUAAUGAUUCAGCAGGUCCUGCUCUGGAGGAGUUCCUACAGCUGCUGGGGGAGAGGGUCCGGCUGAAGGGAUUCACCAAGUACCGAGCCCAGCUGGACACCAAGACUGACUCCACAGGGACCCACUCCCUGUACACCACCUAUAAGGACUAUGAGGUGAUGUUCCAUGUUUCCACCAUGCUGCCGUACACACCCAACAACAAACAACAGCUCCUGAGGAAGCGGCACAUAGGUAAUGACAUAGUGACCAUCGUAUUCCAGGAGCCCGGGGCUCAACCCUUCAGCCCCAAGAACAUACGCUCUCACUUCCAACACGUGUUCGUAGUGGUGAGGGCACACCAACCCUGCUCUGACCACACCAGCUAUAGUGUGGCGGUCACUCGUUCCCGCGACGUCCCGUCCUUCGGCCCUCCCAUCCCAGAGGGCGUUUCCUUCCCCAAGUCCUCGGCGUUCCGGGACUUCCUUUUGGCCAAGGUCAUCAACGCAGAAAACGCCGCCCACAAAUCUCACAAGUUCCGCGCCAUGGCGACGCGGACACGUCAGGAGUACCUCAGAGAACUGGCGGAGCGCCACACCACAUCGACCCCCAUCGACCCGUCCGGGAAAUUCCCCUUCAUCUCAUUGGCUCACAAGAGGAAGGAGAAGAGUCGUCCGUACGCCGGGGCGGAACUUCGGAGCCUCGGCGCCGUCACGUGGGCGGUCCACGCCGAGGAUCAUGGCGCGGGAGGCGAGCUCGAAGCACUAUUGGCUAUCUCCAAUGACUUUCUCAUCCUAUUGGAUCAGGAGGCCAAGGCCGUGGUGUUUAACUGUGCUACAAAUGACGUGAUUGGCUGGACGCUGGGGAGUCCCGCCUCCAUGAGGAUCUUCUAUGAGAGAGGGGAGAGUGUGUCGCUGAGGUCUGUUAGUAACAACACAGAAGACUUCAGAGAGGUGGUGAAACGACUGGAGUACCUGACUAAGGGUUGUGAGACCUCUGAGAUGACACUGCGUCGUAACGGGCUGGGCCAGCUGGGCUUCCACGUCAACUACGAGGGCAUCGUGGCAGAGGUGGAGUCGUACGGGUACGCCUGGCAGGCGGGGCUGAGGCAGGGCAGCCGAUUGGUCGAAAUCUGCAAAGUUGCCGUGGCGACUCUGACCCACGAGCAGAUGAUUGACCUACUGAGGACGUCGGUCACCGUCAGGGUGGUCAUCAUACCCCCGCACGAAGACGCUACCCCACGCAGAGGUUGCUCUGAGCUCUACCGUAUGCCAGUGGUGGAGUAUAAGGGUAGUGGUGAGAGCGGUUCGUUUGACUACAAGUUCCCGUUCCGCAGCAAAGACAACAAGUGGCAGAGAACCUCCAGUAGUCCCCAGCAGUCCCUGAUGGCCUCCCCCCAGCCGCACACCCCCAACCGGGCCGUUAGCCUGGGGAGCUCUGGGGGGAAGACCCUGUCUGCUGAACGCCCAGAGAGGAACGCUGCUAUACCACGCAGUGUCAGUAGUGAUGGACGUCCACUGGAUACCAAGAGAAUGUCUCCAGGCAGUGAGAACUAUGCCCUAUCCUCUUCUCUGGCACUGGGUCGUUCUCCUCACAACCGCUCUUCCCCCUCCAACCUCUCCUGCUCCAGUGACACCUCACAGGGCUCACAGCACUGGAGGACUCAGAAGUCCAUGCCUGAGGGGUUUGGAGAACGCAGACAACACUCCCCUUUGUCUACAGAGCGACAGGUGGUAGGAGAAGGUGGGGCUAGUGGCAAGUCCACACCUAAUUGGCCGAGAGUGGAGGAAGGGGGCGGGCCCGACAGAGGUUCUACAGAUGCUCCUGUGUCUAAGUCUGGUCCUGGGUACUCCGGAGCUCCACGCAUCCAGAGGCAGGAGCAGGUCAUCCACCACUCCCCCAAGAAGAGCUCCCAGCCUGAGGGUCCGUACUCGGGUCACUCCAGCAGUAACACCCUCUCCAGCACGGCCUCCAGCGGGGGCCACAGCGACACCGACAAGUGGUUUGACAUGGGGGGCCCCGGGGGACCAGGGGAGGCCCCUGACUCUGAACCCAACGGCCUGGUUGGGGGGUACCUCCAGGGGGCCUCGGCCGACAGCGGGAUAGACACCUCGUCCUACGGAGGAGGGAGUGGGGGCCGCGGUGGGGAUGGGGGCCGCGGUGGGGAUGGGGGCCACUCACAACCCCACCACGGGAGUUCUAGUUCCCUUUUGUCUGCUGGGGGUAGAGAGGGGAAGGAUAGAGCUCCAUCGCCAUGGCAUAGCCCCACUGAGGGGGGCAAGAGGGUCCUGGAGAGGUCCCCCCCGGCCGCAGAGAGCCCGCAACCCCCAGGGGAGAGGGGGGAGAGAGCAGAGGGGACGGCUAGGAGUCCUCCUACACACCUACCGGUUAGAGAUUGCAGCUCGUACAGUCUGAGUGAUGCAGGAUCGCACUCCAGUUCCAGAGGCCACUCCCCCCGUGAGGACUCGUCUUCCUCGGCCACCUCCCCCUGCUCCCAGACGUCGGUCUCCCCCGGCCCCAAGACCUUCUACCCCCGCCAGGGAGCCACCUCCAAGUACCUCAUCGGCUGGAGGAAGCCAGGAUCCACUAUCAACUCUGUCGACUUCGGAGAUAACCGCAAGAAGUCUCCAGGGGAGGGAGGAAGUGGAGGAGAGGGGAGUGGCGGAGGAGGGGGGGGUCAGGGUGGGGGUCAUAGCAGAGCCCAUCACGGCCCCCAGCCACACCUCACCCACGCUAAGACCACCGUGGAGGACGAUAUGAAGACACUGAGUCCAGACAGCCCUCCCAAACACAGACGACACAAGGUCAAGGACAAGUCCUCAUCCUCAGGCCAGCCCCCUACCCGUCGGUCUCUCCACCGGACCCUGUCUGAUGAGAGUAUCUACCGGGGCCAGCGUGUCCCCUCCCUGAGGCUGGGGGACCUAGAACCAGACCCCGCCCUGGCUAGUGACGUGUUGUUUAGCUGCUCCACAUUGCCACGCUCUCCCACCACCCGCGGGGUGCCCCUCAGACGACCUUCAUACAAACUGGGGAUCAAACUACACGGUGACCUGUCUGCGUCUGACACGUCAUUGGCUGAGAUGGUUGAGCGACAGCGCCACCCCCUCCCCCAGGAGCUGAUGCCCCUCCCCCCCUCUGAGAGCAGGGACAGCCCCCUGGACUGGACCCACAUGGUGGAUGUAGCCAACACCUUCGAAAUCCAGAGAGGGUUUGUGUUUAGUGACUCUAACCACAGAGGUAGUGGAGCCCCCAGCCCUCAGCAGACACAUCCCAGCCUGGAACUACAGCCUGCCCCUCUAUCCAGACCUUCAUCCAGUGAGGGUCCUGCAGGUCUGGAGAGGAAUGUGACCAAGCUGGAAACCGUGGUCAAGAUGCUACAGGAUGACCUGAAGAAGGAGCGUGAGGAGAAGCAGCGUCUCCAUCUGCAGAUCAAGAGGCUGUGGGAGGAUAACCAGCGGCUGCAGGAGGAGUCCCAGAGCUCUGCUGCCAAACUCAAAAAGUUCACGGAGUGGGUCUUCAACACCAUCGACAUGAACUGAGACAGACAGAAGAGGAGAGGGUGGGGUGAAAGAGAAGAUGGAUUCUCCCACAUUAACCAGAAGAGGAGGGGGAGAG